GUGCAUUUCUCCAGACAGCUUCAAACAGCCACUGCCCACCAGCAUCCAGCGGCCCCAGACUGGCCAUCCAACCCGGGCCCUCAAUGCCUCGUCAAGCAGUGCGUGUCGUCCUCGGACGCAGCGCAAAGGCAGCCUCGACACCCAGACUGCGCCCCUUCUCGACCACCCCGAAGCGCCGCGACGAUGACGCGAGCAAGCCACCGACCCGCCGCGACCGCUCCGUCGCAGCAGCCUCAGCCAUCGGCGCCCUGAGCCGGCCCUCACAACCCUCCCAGCGCCCCGAGGGCUCCUCGCCCGCGCCCCAGAGGAAGACCCUCAUCACUCGGGAACCCUCGGCCACCCCCCACUCGGCCGCCCUCGGCGCGCGGCUGGGUGCAAACGUCGUCAGCGUCCGAAGCCUGCCGAAGAGACGCGAGGGGAACGACUCCGGGCCCGCGGUGUUCCGCAGACUGAACUUCAGAAAGGACGGCUCCGGUGGCCCACAGGGCUCCCAGCGUCCGCAGGCUGGGCAGCCGGGCGCCAGUGUCGUGCGCGGUGGCUUCACACCGGGGCCCAACGGCCCUCGGUUCGCACGCCCCCCGGCCUUCAGGGGACAACAAGCAGGCGGGCCAGGGUCUCGCUUCGGAGCGGCUGGCGGCAAGCGGCCACCUUUCAAGCGGGGCGGCGGCGGCGCGAGGAAGAAGAGGGACGACGAGAAGAAGAAGGAGAGAGAGCAGGCGAAAGCGACGGGCAUGAAGGGGCUGUCCGAGGAGACCCAGGCGUACGCGCGCGAACAGGAGGUCGGCGGCCCGGAGGUGGUGUACACGCCGUCUGUCACCCUCGAGUCGCUCGUCGGGUGGGGGCCGGCGGUGGCCACCAACACGGCGCUGGGGCAGGCCGACAUGGCGGCCCGGAGCAUCAAGACCCUCGGCGGCGGGCGGGGCACCGACGAGGGGGAGCAGUCGUUCAAGAUCGCCGACGUGAAGAAGCGGCUCAGCGCGAACAAGCCCGUCUACUUCGCCAGUAUCGAGCAGAAGAGGGCGCUGAUCGAGACCCUGGCGCCCGCGAGGGCGGAGAAGAUGCUCAAGGCGUUCAUGCAGGCCAGAGUCGACCAGUGCCGGUUGUCCAGUGGUGAAAACUGGGGGGCCUCUGUGGCCAGUCUCAAGGCAUGGGCCACCGAGUAUGCCUCGAGCGAGGAGGGCAAGGAGAUGGUGGAUGUGGGCUUGAUCGAGAGCGGUGCGACACCUGAGAAGUGGCUCAAGCUGGUGUCUGCGUUCAAUGCCGUCUCCUGGAUGGACGGCGAGGCGGCAAGGUUCAAGACGCAAAACUCGGAGAAGACAAAGGAGGCGGUUCACAAGUUCGUCCUCAAGGGAGAGCACCCCGAGGUCAAGUACGCCGAGGACGUGUACAGCAAGCUGGCAACAUACCACGCCCAGGGCUCUACGUACACCAUCGCCGACGGCGCCAAGUUCGACGAGAAGAUUAGGAAGCUGAUCAAGGUGGCGCCCCCGGUCAGACAGGCUGCCCCCAAGGCGGCCGCCCCAUAAAGGCGAAAUUUACGGCAUGAACAGUAGGGAGAAAGAGGCAAGAGAUUGUACAAAUACAGUAGAAUAUACAAAAGUCCUGGUC